AACAUCCACCGCCCCAGAUCGGAGUGUGGUGUCCAGAUCCCAGCAUCCAUCCGGCCGACACUGCUCCCUCUGCCAUGGCAACCGCCCUCGGAAACUUUGCGGCCGUGCCGCUCGUCAACGAUGCCGCGAAAGAGUUUGCCUACUCGAUCGUCAUUGCCGUCAACACCACCUUCUCGGUUGCCUCGGACCUUUAUCACACCAUCCCUGGCUCCAAUGUCGCCUACAAAUACAUCCGUGCCUCCUACCAGAACGACCCGUUCCGCAUGUUGCUUGAGCUCUGUUUGGUCGCGUUCCUGCUCUGGUACAUCUUCCAUGGCCGCUACCGCAUCCGUCCUGGAGCCAAUCCCGUGGUCCUCACUGAGAAGGAAAUCAAUGAGCUUUGCGAGACCUGGGAGCCUGAGCCGCUCGUCCCCUCACUGUCCGAAUUCCGUCGACAAGAGCUCGAUAAGCUCCCCGUCCUGGCCGGACCUGCCGGCACCAAGGUCAAGAUGGCCGAUGGAAAGGAAAAGCUGAACUUUGGAAGCUACAACUUCCUUGGCUUCCUCAACAGCGAGGCUGUCAAGGAAUCGGCGGUCAAGGCUCUUCGCAAGUACGGCGUCGGCACCUGCGGUCCCCGCGGCUUCUAUGGCACAAUCGACGUCCACCUCCAGCUCGAAAACGAAUUGGCCAAAUUCCUUGGCACCGAAUCUGCCAUCCUCUAUUCUCAGGACUUUUCCACGAUUGCCAGCUGCAUCCCCUCGUUCUGCAAGCGCGGCGACAUCAUUGUGGCCGACGAGUGCUGCUCGUUUGCGAUCCAGAAGGGACUGGAAAUCUCGCGCUCGACCGUUCGUUUCUUCAAGCAUAACGACAUGCAGGACCUCGAGCGUGUUCUGGCUGAGCUCCAGAAGGAAAACGCCAAGAAACCCCUCAGCCGACGCUUCCUUGUUGUCGAGGGUAUCUACUCCCAAACCGCCAACAUUGUUCCUCUCCCUCAGCUGAUCGAGCUGAAGAAGAAGUACAAGUACCGACUCAUCGUCGAGGAGACCCUUUCGUUUGGUGUUCUCGGCAAGCGCGGGGCCGGUGUCUCAGACCACUUUGACAUUGAUGCCCGCGAAAUUGAUGUGAUUGUCGCCGGCCUCACCCAUGCGCUCGGUUCCUCCGGAGGAUUUGUUGCAGGCGAGCAGGAAAUCUGCGAGCACCAGAAGCUCUCUGGCCAGGCGUACACGUACUCUGCCUCGCUCCCUGCUCUGCUGGCCGUUGCCGCCAGCCAGGCACUGAGCAUGCUCAUCGACCAGCCCGAGACCCUCACCAGGAUGAGACAGAACACGCUGACAGUGAAGAACAUCCUGAAGACUGUUCCGAACCUGGAGAUCUGCGGAGAUGAGGCCUCGCCCAUGUUCCACCUGAGACUCAAGAACCGCCCGGCGGACCGCUUGGAGGAAGAUCGAGUUCUGCAGGAGAUUGUCGACCAGAUCUACAAGGAAGGCGUUCUGGUUUCGCGAGCCAAGCAUGUUCUUUCCCAGGACCGCCAGAAGCCCACCCUGAUUCCCAGCAUCCGAAUCUGCUGCUCAGCGGGACAUACUCAGAAGGAGUCCGAAAGAUCUGCUACUAUCAUUCGCGACACCUGGAAAAAGAUCACGAAGGCUAAGAAACUCUAGCGCCCGGCAGCAGCUUGAUGGCCUUGGCUGCAUUUGUUCUCCCUCGCUCUUGUUCUUGCCCUUGCCCUUGCCCUUGCCAGUUUCCACUCCACUCUUUUGCAUUCAUUGGGCGACCCUCAGACCGACAACCAGAAGGUGCGAUGCUUCCAUGACACUUGAAAUACAUUGGCCGACUUGCCGCCCUGUGUCGUCCGUCCG